UCACGAAGUGAAAUGCCGCGUAAGUGCUCGUAUUGACAAACGCGUUUUACGAGAAGAAUAUAAAUAUAAUGGAUGAUUCGCAAGCAUCUACGUCUGGCAGGUCUAGGCGUCAGAAGAUUGAUAAGACUGGCAGACUCUCAGCUUUGGAAAGAUUGAAAGAAGUUCGAAGUGGUAGCAAGCGCAAGUAUGAGGUGGAAGAGUUAGAAAAUAUUUAUGACGAGGUAGAUGAGAAGGAAUACAGUAAUACUGUUUUAAAACGCCAACGAGACGAUUGGAUAGUUGAUGAUGGGGAAAGCGGUUAUGUCGAAGAUGGAAGGGAAAUUUUUGAUGAUGAUCUGGAUGAAGAAAGUAUUCGAGAAGCGAGAAAACAGAGGAAUAGCAUGGCUGGCCCUAGAAAAAGGAAGAAAGAAGAGAACAAGAAGAAAGGAGAUAUUCAAAAUAUGAUUAGGAAUAUGCCUUCUAAGAAAGAUGCUAAUGUAGUUCAGAUUAAAGAUGAUGAUAUUUUGGGAGAAUUGCUCAGUGAGAUUUCUACUGCUAAAAAGACAACAAAUAGUCCUAAACCAGGAAGCAGCAGAAAUAAAUUUUGUCAUACAGUUCAUUCUAACAUUACACAAACAUAUCAGGCCUCAUCUAUAAACCAAAAACAAGCUGAUAAAAUAAUAUCUGAAAAACCAGCGACAAUUGUGUCAAAUUUUGAUAAUACUGUACAAAGUGAAAGUCAGAUAAUUGAGGAUGAAGAUGAUAUGGCAUUAUUUGAUGUGCCACAGAAGAGUACAAGUAAACCAUCAGAGUUAAAUAAUUGUUCAAAAGUUGAAGAAAAUUCAAACCCGGAAGAUCAAAGCACAAAAAAAUCAGAAUCUAAUGAACAAAAUCCAAGUCAGAUUAUUGAGGAAGAAAAUACUCCUAUAGUGGAUCUUAGUGAAUGUGUUGAAGAUCUAUCCACAAUAGAUUUUGAUGAUGGAAGUAUGGAUACUGACUUUUCAUCGUCGAUAAAUAACGUUAAAUCUCAAAAAAAUGAAAUAGAUGUAAAGACUCCUGCUCCUCCUCAUAAAACUUCUGUCAAAAGUAUGAAAAUCGGUAAUGCCGUUGACUUAACAGAAGUAGUGCCACAACUAGUCAAGACAAAAGAUGAGGAAGAAGUAUUUAGGUUCUACUAUCUGGAUGCAUAUGAAAAUCCUUAUAAAAAUCCUGGAACUGUGUAUCUCUUCGGCAAGACUUAUGUAUCUAGCCAUGAUACAUACUGUUCAUGUUGUAUUAUGGUGCAUUGUAUACCAAGGAGAAUAUAUCUCUUGCCCAGAAAAUAUAUAAAAGACACUGAAUCGCAAUUAACUACCAUAGAGGAUGUGUAUAAAGAGUUCGAUGAGUACGCCAAUAAGAUGCGUAUAAUGGAGUUCAAUUGCAAAGAAGUGAAAAAGCAUUAUUCCUUCGAAAAGGAGGGUACACCGAAAACUUCAGAUUACUUGGAAGUCAGAUAUAACGCACGCUAUCCAGCAAUCGAUUCGAAUUACUCGGGUCCGGCAAUAGAACGCGUCUUUGGCACAACAGUGAAUGCAUUAGAGCUAUUGCUUAUAGAACGAAAAAUUAAGGGACCUUGCUGGUUAGACAUUAAGAAUAUAUCACCCACUCCAGGGCGAUUUGCUUGGUGCCCACAGAUUGUGGUUACUUCAGACAUGAACAAUAUAUCGCUGUGUUCCCAAGAGAAAGCUAAGCCCCCAAUGGUGAUAGCGACUAUAAAUGUGAGGAUGUCUUUGAACGCGAAGUUGCAGAACGAAGUAGUGAUGGUUGUUGUAUUAAUUCAUCAUAAGUACAAUGUCGAUAAGGAACCACCAAAGUCGCCUUAUGAACGUCAAUUUUGUUUUGUCACACGUCCACGAGAUAUCCCGUGGCCGCGGCAAAUUCGUGAUGCAUUCCUGAAAGUUCCGAAUACCGAAAUAAUAAAAUGUGAAACUGAAAGCGAUUUACUUGAAGAACUGUUAACUUUAAUGCAGAAAGUGGAUCCUGAUUUAAUAAUAGGUUACGAUUGUGCAUUUCAGUUCGAUGUUUUAAUGCAGAGAAUGUUUACAUUAAAAGUGUCUAAUUGGAACAGAAUGGGAAGAUUAAAAUCAUUGACUCCUCCCUUACUUAAGGGAAAAAUAAUCCUUAAUCAAGCGUUUGUCGGUCGUCCAAUUUGUGAUAUACAAGUUUCAGCAAAAGAAUUGAACUUAAAAGUCAGGAGUUAUGAUCUGCAAUCACUUUGCAGCGCAGUAUUAAAGACGAAGGAACACGAAUAUAAAGAAAUCGCGCCCGCAGAAACUUCAUUAUUUUUCAAUACAGCGGAUAAAGUGUUAAAUUUAAUGCAUGUGACAUUAAAAGAAGCGAACUACAUUAUAACCAUAGUGAUGGAUCUCAAUGUUAUACCACUCGCACUUCAAAUUACUUGUUUAGCAGGAAAUAUUUUAAGAAGCAAGACAAUGGUGAGAUCUUUAUAUAUUUUUGUACAUUAUUAUUACGAAAUUAUUAUUUAUACUGGUAUACUAAUGCCAGAUGUUUUAGAUGGUCCGCGUAGGAAAGCUGCGGCGUACACUGGAGGCCUCGUACUUGAUCCAAAGAAAGGUUUUUACGACAAACUGGUACUUCUGAUGGACUUCAAUUCCCUAUAUCCGAGCAUUAUACAAGAAUACAAUUUGUGUUUUACCACCGUGCCCGGUGCGGCAUAUGCUGAUGUCGAGCAAUUAACUAUUCCUGAGUCGAAUCUGGAGCCAGGUGUGGUUCCGACAGAGAUUCACAAAUUAGUCAAAAGCAGACAACAGAUCAAACAGCUUAUGAAAACGCAAAAGAAUCUAUCACCAGCACAGAAAAUGGAUUAUCAUAUCAGACAAAUGGCAUUGAAGCUCACGGCUAAUUCUAUGUAUGGAUGUUUGGGAGCGACGCAUUGUCGAUUUUAUGCUAAAGGUCUCGCCGCUUUGAUAACAGCCAAGGGUCGGGAGAUUCUGGAGGAUACGAAGCACUUAGUUGAGAAACUGCAGUACGAAGUAAUUUAUGGCGACACCGAUUCUUUAAUGAUAAACACCAAUAUUUUGGAAUACGACGACGUUUCUUUGAUCGGCCAAAAAAUUAAGCGCGAAGUCAACAACCGAUACAAGAAAGUCGAAUUAGAUAUCGACGGAGUAUUCCGAUAUCUAUUGCUAUUACAAAAAAAGAAAUACGCUGCCGUUACGAUGUCGAAAUUAUCAAAUGGUCAAAUACAAUUGACGCAGGAACACAAGGGUUUGGAUAUCGUUAGAAGAGAUUGGUGUCCAUUGGCUUGCGACACUGGAAAAAAAAUUUUGGAUAUACUUCUCUGUGAUCAAUCAAGCGAAACGCGUUUGGAACAAGUUGUGCAGAUUUUGCAAAAUGUUGCGAAAAAUGUAAAGGAAGGAACGGCGCCACUGUCGUCAUUUGUUAUUACUAAACAAUUGUCGAAAAAUCCGGAUGCGUAUCCAGAUAAAAAGCAAUUGUCUCACGUUAUGGUAGCACUUAGACUAAACAAAGCGGGUGGUCGGAUGUGGAAAGCCGGUGACACCUUACCAUAUAUUAUAUGCGAGGAUGGGACCAGUGCGAGUGCGACGGAACGGGCGUAUCACAUUGACGAAGUAAAAAAUAAUGAGAAAUUAAAAGUGGAUGUCAAUUAUUAUCUGCUAAGUCAAAUAUUCCCUGUAGUGUUACGAAUUUGUGAGCCAAUCGAGGGUAUCGACGACGUUUUCUUAGCCAACAAUUUAGGUUUACAAUUUGUUUAUAAACCUAAGACGAUAGCUUGCGAGGCAAUCCUGAAUUUACCGCUAGCUCUUAAUGAUGACAGGUUCAACAAUUGUCUUCCUUUGACAUUUAAAUGCAAAAAUGAACGAUGUAGUGCAGAAAUUAUUAUUAAGGAUACUGUUACAGAAUUUCAUUCUGGUCGACAGUUAUCACUUAGCAUGUGCCCUAAUCAGGACUGUAAAUUACCACCUUGGAAAUACGCAAAUGUGAUACAAAAUGUAGUUCAACUUGCCAUGAGAAAAGCAAUUAGCAAGUACUACAGUGGUUGGUUGGAAUGCGAAAAUCCACUUUGUUCCAACAGAACGAGACGACUGCCGUUGGAUUUCGUGAAGAAAUUUCCAGAUUGUUCAGUGUGCAAGGACGUUUCUAUGAAUCGAGUUUAUUCUGGGACAGAUCUGUACAAUCAAUUAUACUAUUAUCAUAAAAUGUUCGACAUUACUCAACCGGCUUACAAACAUCUACUGUCUCAAUGUUCACGGGAUAUGAUAGCUGCAUAUAACACAUUAAAAGAAGCAAUUGACAGGCAAUUGAAACGAAAUAAAUUUUCAUGUGUAAAUAUCACAGGAAUAUUCAGUAGUGCUAAUUCUGCGGGAAUGUUUGUCAGUGGUACGCGGGAGGAUUUCGAUGUACUGGGGGAUCUAUCCGACGAUACAGAUAAGGAAAUUUAAAGGAGAAACGUACCGAUCAACUAAAAAA